UUUCAGGAUAGCCACACUUACGAGCCGUGCCUUGUGAAAUAUGGUGACCCUAAGGAUUGCCUCGGAUCGCUUGGCGAUGUUGAUCAUACUCGGAGCACUCUGCGGUACCGCGCUCACGGAGGAGACCGCCAAGGACUCGGAGCGAUUACGAGUCGCAGAAUUGAGGGCUACUGAGGACUACAUGUUCGCAGUCUUUCAACCGAAAGCCGUGUUGAAGAAAUAUCUGCCCGGGAAAGAAGCGAAGCUGAGGGUUUCCAUCUAUGCGGGGAACACUACAGAUGCGAGCCCUCUCGCCGUGGAGGAUAUUUCGACUCCCUUCUUCGAUAUAGAGGAUAAGACGUUUGAGCCUUACGCGGACUACACGAUGACCGUGACCCACGGCAAUGAAAUAAUCCUCGAGCAGCAUUUCAAAAGUUCGCCUGGAACACCGUCAGAAGUGGCCAAAGUUGGAUGGCAAAUGGAGGAUGAAGAAGGCUCGUCGAGGGCUAUCUUACAUUGGGAUGCGCCGGAGUCGCCCAGAGGACCGAUCGACGGAUACAAGAUUUCUCAUUGUCACCGCGAUGUCAUCCUUGUGGACGAGCGAAAAACUAAAGAGUCAACCCUUCAGUGCGAGGCACCGAAGGAAACGAGAGACACCAAAAUCGAGAUCGAGGUCAAGCAGGGCACGCAUUACGUGACAACCAUCUGGGCAUUUAACGAGCUCCGAGCGGAGUUCGGCGAAGCGAAGGGGAAGCGACUCUUGGGUCAAGCAAGCGUGGUCACUCCCAGCCACAACAAGAUUGUUUCCAAAGGAGGGAACAGCGCCGCACUUGUCACGCUUAUCGUGAUUUCGGUGUUGCUAUCCCUAGUCAUUGUGGGCUAUGCAGGCUACAAAUACUACAGGAAGAAUUACAACUGACUGAGAGGAAUCCGAGACCCUCACUGGAUUCCGGCCAAGGGGAAUACGUCGGAAAAAUUCAUACUCAAAACCCGAAGGCAUCGCGGGAACCGGGAGUCCUCGCUCGAGACCGGGGCGCCCUUCCAUUCAACUUAGGAAUAAAAUUUUCUCCCGUGUUCU